AGUUCGACUUUGGCAAGGUGGCGAUUGAGGACCUCGAAUACGAAUUGUGUGAAUUGGAUAGUAAUUAUUUGGCUGACACAUUUACCAAGUUGGUGCGUUUUUUCAGAAGGGCGUCGGACGUUCUACCUAGUAAUUGGGAAGAGCAUGUCAGUAGGUUUUUAAAAGACAGACAAAUUCCCUGCAAUUCCUUUGGGGAAGGAAUACCGUUUGUGAGUUUGUCAUGUGAAAAUAAAUUAUUAUUACUUAAAACAGUAAUAGAUGCAAUUUAUGCAGAAAAUGAAGAAGCUUUAGCAGAAUAUUUAAAUGACUAUUUUGAUCCUCAUGAAAUGCGAUUUUGCCCCAUAGGACAAGAUGCAUUAAAUAACACUUACUGGUAUUGUGAUGAUCUGAGGCUGUACAGAGAAGGUGCUAUAAAGAAGGGAAAUAAAAAGUCCUGGGAGUGUGUAUGCGUCACAUCAGACGACUGGCAUAGUUUUCUAAGACAGUAUCGUAAAGUAACCAACCAACAAGAAAAAGAAUUGGUUAAUUAUAUACAAAAUGAUCUAUGGCCGCUCAUUCAAGGCCAACUAGAGGCAAAAGAAGAAGACGAAUUGGAAAGGUUAAGAAUUAUGGAAGAGGAGACUGAAGAAGCAAUAUUUAAUGAAUCUAACCCAUUUGACUUUGAUGAUGAAGAAACUUUUAACCUGUUGUCAGAGGAAACGGAAAAUCUCCAUCAAAAUGGAAAUCUUUUUAACUUAAAGACAGAACUUACUAAUGUAAACGGGGAAGAUGACAUUUUUUCUCUAAACGGCCCUGAUGAGGGUAAAGACAUUGAGGAUAAUGUGCGAAAGAAACGAAAAAAGAAGGAUGAACAGGGAUAUAGUGACCAGGAAUUUGUUUCAAAUGAUGAACUUGAUGGAGAGAACGAUAAAGUUCUUCAUCCAAGUCCAUCACUGGUGUCUGCUACAUUAACGCCUACAGUGACGUCACAACAGGUCUUCGUGUUCUCUACAUCAUUGGCUAACAGGGCUGCUGAGGCGGUUCUCUCAGGUCAAACAGAUUCUAUCAUAUCCUUUCACAGAAGUCAAGCAGCUAAAAGGAAGUACUUACAGGUUGACAAUGAAAUUACAAGGCGGCCUUCGCUAUCACUGGAUAUUAACUCCCAGUCACCAAUUAUGCAAGAUAAGCUGCCACUGACAUUGUCACCACAUCCUGCAACAGAGCCACAUCCCUCGGCCCAAUCGCGACUGCAGCAGCAAGAUCUACGUAGACAGUUUCCACAGUAUGGCCAACAACAAUCAAAUCAACAGCAGCAAUUCCAGAGGCAAGCAAAUGCACAGUUUCCAAACAAUCAAAUAGACUUGCACAAUCUGCAGGCAAGACAUCAGCUGCUUACGAAACAGCAACAGCAACAGAACUCACAACAUCUGUCAAAUUCAGAAACUGUGCAACACUAUCAGCAGCAACCACCAACGUUGCAGCAGCAGCAACAGGGUCACCAAAAUCAACAGCAGAAUAUUCAACAGCAGCUUCAACAACAGAUAGGUUCACCGCUUAUGCCACAACAGGCACAGAAGAUGCAGCAACAACAACCACAGCCACCCAUGCCGCAGCAACACAUGAUGUCUUCGGGACAGCAGCAACCUCAAACUGCCUCCAUGUUGCAGAGUGGAAUGUCACAAUUGCAACAACGACUGCAGCAACCAUUGCAAGCAUCACAGCAACAGCAGCACCAUCCACAACAGCAACAACAGCAGCAACAACUGUCACCCUUGGAUUCAUCUUUUCUGCCCCAACAGAUUCCCUUGGAUAAUUUGGUAGAUCCGGAAACUGAAAAUUUAGAUCCAACUGCACUCUGGGAAAGUCCAACUGCAAGUGUUAAAUCACAAUGGGGGCCUGGUCAACAAAUGAUCAUGCCACCUCAGCAGCAACAACAACAACAGCAGCAGCAGCAGCAACAACAACAACAACAGCAGCAGCAACAGCAGCAACAUUAUCAAGAACUGCAAAGGAGAAUGAUGGGCCCCAGACCGCAAUUUAUGACACAACAGCAACAGCAGCAAUAUUUGCAACAACAAGGAAUGUCGUUUCCAGGGCAACCACAUCCACCGCGAGGUAUGACUCAGGCUGCAAUGAUGGACAUGGAUUUGCAACAGAUGCAGCGGUCAUUCUCUCCAUCGCAGGUCAAUUCUGAAGGACUUGGGCCAAGGAAUAUUGAUAACCCCACUCCUGAACAACUGAGGCAUAGACAGGAAAGAUUAAGGACUUUGCAAGAAAUGCAACGGUUGUUGUUCCCUGAACGGCAUCCACAGCAACAAGGUGGAUUUCCACCUAAUGGGAACAUGGGUAUGGGAUCGCCUCCACCUAAUAUAGGUCCUUCUAACAAACUUGCAAUGAACGCAAUGCAAUUUGGGCCAGGAAUUCUGUCUCCACGCUCUAUGACUUCACCAGAAAUGGUGAGCUCACCACAAGGUCCAUUGACAUCGCAGCCACCUAUGAUGACAUCACCACCGAAUAUGAUGCAAUCUGCACAGCAGCCCAACAUGAUGUUACAAAUGCAUGGUGGACCAGAAUCGCCGCAUUCAAUUGAAAGCAUUAAAGCACAACAAGAGUGGAUGAAGCUGCAGCAGGAGCACUAUGACACUAAGAGGAGGCAGAUUCUGACACAGCAUGAUCUGAUGAGGCAUCAAAUGCAGCAACAGAUGCAGCAAGAACAAGGCAUGAUGGGUGGACCACCUUCUCAAUCUGGUGGUCCUAUGGAUGUGCCCUUGAAUCCUCAGCACAGUCAAAGAAUGCCCCCACCUCCAUAUUAUGCAUCUCAUUUGACCCAGACUGCAUCACAGAGGCGGAGCAGCUUAUCUGGACCAAUGCCAUCCCCGACAUCUCCACAUCUGCCAAAAUCACCUGCUCAUUGGCUUCCGGCGCCACAGGCGUCACCGAGACCUGCUAGUACUGGAUCAGUGCCAUCACAAACGAUACCUCCGAAUAUGGCGCAACCAACAUCAAUGCCUCAGCAAAGGAUGCCACAGGCCAGUCCAUACUCUGCAAACUUCAGUGGACCCCCAGGAAUGAGUACCACAAAUCCUGUUGCAGGUAUGAACAGUCUUGUUGCGGGGAUAAGGGGGAAUUUUUCACCGGCUCGAUUAGAACAGCAUUACACUCAGCCACUUCCAUCAUCUGGUCAAGUAAUGCAACAGGUACCUCCGUCUGGUCAACAACCACACCAGACAUCUUCGGGUCGCUUGACCCAACAGCCACAGCCAUCAUCUGCUCACCAAUCUCCUCACCCCGCAACAGGUCCAUCUCGAAAACAAUCACAAAAGAUAGCUCCAUCAGGACAAACCACAUUAACAGCACAGUUACCACAAGGUCCAUCAUCGGGACAACUCUUGCAACAGGGUUCAUCAACAGGGCAACAAAUUACUUCGUCAGGACAACCUCCGCAACCAGUUUCAUCAUCUGGGAAAUUGCAAUCGCAAGUUCCUUCAUCAGGGCAAACACCACAGCAAAUUCCUCCCUCAGGUUCAUUACCACAUCAAGGUCCUUCCACUCUAGGAACAACGCAGGGGAUAUUUAGUCCUUCAAAUACUGCACCUUCUAGCACAUCGUCUCAGUCGCAAGGCAUCUUUCCUGACAGGGGAGCGCAACAACCAGUGUCUUCAGUAUCCACUCCCAUGUCGGCAAAUGUAAAUAGUCCUGCAUUGUCUUCCAAAACGAUUGGAGAACAGAGCCCAGCAACUCCCACAGUUCCUGCGAGCAGCAAGCAACCACAACCGAGCCCACAGUCAGCUGCUGCAUCAGCUGCAGCUGCAGUUGUGUCUGCAGCAGCAGCGACUGCAUCUACUGUCCCAGCAACAAAAGUACCUUCCGCAGAUGAAGCAUCUUCUAACAGACUGUUGGUUAAUUUCCCACCAAGUGCCCUGAAUCGAGAUAAAGCUCCAAAUUUCCCACCACGAGGGGAGGACUUUAACCAGUAUGCUGCAACAUUUUAUCAGAAACCAGCUGUGGAAAAGUCUUCAUCCAGUGCAUCACAAAAACUGCAACAUUUCCCACCACAGACUGCUUCACAAUCACAAACUAAUUUCCCAUCUCCUCAACCAUUACCACCACCACCACCACAACAACAGCAACAGCAACAGCUUCCACGUCCUCAACAACAACAACAACUGCAGCAUCCACAGCAACAACAGAUGCAGCUACAACAGGCGCAGCAACAUGCACAUCAGCAACAACAUCCGCAACAGCAACAACACCAUCCACAACAUCAUCCACAAAACCAUCCACAGCAGCAACAACAACAACAGCACCACCACCACCCACAACUGCAACACCAACAACUGCAACAUAUGCAGCAACUUCAGCAGCAGCAGCAGCAGCAGCAACAACAUCAAAUGCAGCAGUCACAACAAAUGGCUUCAAUGCCACCAGGAUCUGGUCUUCCAGGACAUAUGAAUUCUAUGCCAAAUGUCAGCAAAUCAGGUACAUAUAUAGAUGGAAAUGUUGGGAGUCCUUUGCGACCCUCUUUGACUAGCGUGCCUAGUCUCAAUCAGCCUGGAUUAAGUGCUUCUCAGUUUCCAAACCCAGGGUCAUUGCAAAAUGCUCAGCCUGCUUCACAACCUGUGUCGUCACGACAACAACCUAUGAUGUCUGGAACAUCAACGUACAUGUAUGGCCCGCAGCCGGCUACUGUACAAAGCAAUAGUAAAGGAAUGACUUCAACGGUAUCCAGUCAAAAUUAUGCACAUAAUCAACAACAACAGUACCAGCAACACAUGCUUCCAUCACAGCCUCCGGAUCUACAAUUACAAUUACAGCAUUCUAUUAAUUCUUCUGCGGCGCUAAAUCGGACAGGUCAACAGAGUACAGCUAUUAUAUCUCAGCCUCAGCCUCAAACACAAACUCAACACCAGUCAAAUACAAUACAUUAUUCUCAACCAACAACAACUUCAAACAAUCCUUUAGCAGGAUUUGAACCUCCUUUGCUGCCGGACGGGAAAGGACCAAAACAGACACUGCAAUAUUUUCCUAAUCCAAAAGUCCCUGCGCCACCGCCGGGGUCAUCACAAGGACCGCCAUUACAGCAGUCCCAACCACCGCCGCCUCUUCAGCAGUUGGCUCACAUGACACAAGCUCAACAGUUGCCACCCAACUCAAGGUUUGCUUCGAUGAACAUGGAUAAUAUGCAAAAUAUGAACAUGAAUCCUAAUAUGGCUGCCAUGAGUCCAAAUAUGGCAGUCAGACAGAGACAUCAGUAUCCAAUGGGUGGUGGGGGGCCCAUGGAUGCUCAUAUGAAUAACCCAAAUAUGGGCAUGAAUCCAAACUUUGGUUAUGCAAUGGGAAUGCAAGGACCUCGUAUGAGCCAACAGGAAGCCAUGUUACUUCAAAGACAUCCUGGCCAAUCAGUGACGUUGUACUUUCCACCUCCCAAAUCAGGACCUCAUCAGGCACAACCUGGCAUAAUGUAUGCAAGAACUAGAGUGCAAGGCCCUGGUUACAUGGGGCAAGGGCAGCCUCCCCAAGGGCAACCACAUAUGCCUGUCAUGCAACAAGGACAAUUCCAAAAUUAUGGCAUGCCUGGCCCCUAUGGACCGCAAAAUCCCCCAAUGCCAAAUACAGGGAGGUAGUAGUGAAAUUCCUUUGCAGUACUUUUAAUGUUUAUCCAAUAGAAUGCUCCUAUUUGCUGAAUGAUUUGGUUGGGUGCAUUUUGAACAGUCGUGCCUUAAAGGUGCCUUGUUAUCAGAGCAAACAUGUUUUGAAUGCUAAUUAUCUCACUUCAAAGAACAAAAAUUUUACUGGAAGCUCAUCUGUGCUUGCAUUGCUUAGAGAUGUAUGUCAUGUGAUAUGAGCGCAAUUUGCCAUGCUUCAUUUAGUGUUCUUCUCCAAAACUCCUAGUGUGUAAUUCUGUAUAAUGACGACCAGUACACCUGAUUUGGUUUCUCGGGUUCUGGAAAAAAAAAUGAUACCACUGUUUGUUGCUAAUUAUUAAGCGCAAGUUUCGCACCAUGCUUGGAUGGCAUGGGAACUAGAAAAGAUAUAAUUAUUUUUUGCGUUCGUGAUUACAAAUAUCCAAUAAUGGAUUGGUGAAAUUCUGCAUACCAAGACAAAGGCAUACCUCGUUUUAAAGAUAUGAAAAACAAAAAAAAGAUUGUUCUUGCUGUAGGUAAAAUGGUGUAUACGUUAUUCAGAUUUGAAGGGAAAUGAACGAACACUGAUUACAUUACAAACAGGUCUCAAUUUAUUGUUAACCUUUUUUUGGCAUUGCAUGAAGCACUCAAAGCUUUUGGGGGGGGGGCACAUUUUGUGUAGCUGAUACAUACAACACAUUUUUGUUCUGAUCAGAAACGAACCGAUUUAUUUUCAAAAGUUUCACCAACA